GACUGUAGUCUGUCCCUCAUUGGUCAGUGAGCAUAACAGACUGUAGAAUGCUGUUUGAAGUUGCUCUCUGAUGUCAUAAAGGACUAAAGGCCACAGGGUGUGAAGUCAUAAAGGUGAGGGUACAGAUGAUUCCGUCACACUGACGUUUCACAACAUUCUGUGUGGAGCCGCGAAGAGGACAGCCGCUACAAUGAGCUGCCUCUGGUUCUGGUGCUGCCGAGUCCAUGAGGACGAGGCAGACACACAGCGUGAGAGAAAGGAGGAGCAGAGUAAGAAGAGAAAGAGAGGAAAGAAGGAGAGGAGUGGAAGGUGGAAGAUUCAGUGGAAGAAAGAGAGGAAGAACAACAUGAACAAAGAAGAAACAGAAGAAAGCCAAACAAACCAGCAGCCAGCAAAGGUGGAGGAAGAGGCCGAUGUUCUGGACCUGCCAGUAGGCCUCGUGUCCGGCAGCCUUGACAGUGUUUCGGCUGAGACGCUGGAGAACACGGCACCUCCACUACAGGAGAACCUCACUGGAGAGAUGGAGGAAACCAUAAAACAUCUCAUGAAAACGCUGCUGGAUGAGGUUGAGGCAAACAUGGAGCAGCUUCUGAGAGAACCAGUGAAGAGUCUGCUGAGCGCUGAGUCUGAGGCCGUUAGAGAUCUGACAGAGGUUCUCCUAGAAGAUGCUGAACCUCACAGCACAGAUCCAGGUGAGGAAAGGAAAUCAAUACCUGAUAUCAGGAAAACGACACAGCUGGAAAACCUGACUGUAUUUAUUCAUGAUGAAGCUGAGGAGGAGAUGAAGAUGAUGAUGAUGAUGGCUGAUGAGGCAGAGGCUGAAGCCAUCGAAGCACUCAUGGACAUCGACCUGAACGAGACUGAGAAGGAACCUCUGGAGAAACAUCUGGAUCAUCUAGUGAGCUCCAGUGAUGAUGAAGCUGAAGCCAUCAGAGAGCUCCUGGAGGUCCAGCUGGAGGAAGAGGUCUCAGAGAGUGUCCAGCCUCUGGCAGAAAAUGAGACGAUGAUGACGACGAUGAUGAUGGUGGUGGAUGAAGCCGAGGCAGAAGCCACCAAGGAGCUCGUGAGCACCCACCUGGAGGACACUGAGCAGUCAGAAUCCAACAACGAACCCAUGGACAUAAACCUGGAUGACACUGAGGAGAAACCUCUGGAGAAACAUCUGGAUCAUCUAGUGAGCUCCAAUGAUGAUGAAGCUAAAGCCGUCAGUGAGCUCCUGGACAUCCAGCUGGAGGAAGAGGUUUCAGCAAGUGUCCAGCCUCUGGCAGAAAAUGAGACGAUGAUGACGACGAUGAUGAUGGUGGUGGAUGAAGCCGAGGCAGAAGCCACCACAGAACUUGUGAGCACCCACCUGGAGGACACUGAGGAGUCAGAAGCCACCAAUGAACCCAUGGACAUAAACCAGGAUGACACUCAGGAGGAACAUCUGGAGAAACAUCUGGACGAAAUGGAUAUAAAGAAGAAAGAGCCUCCUGAGGAAGAUGCUGAGAACAAAAAGAGAAACAUCAGGAGAGGAACGAGAGGAAAAGGACGCAGGAUCGGCUACGAAAGAGACAACAAUCCACAAGACGGUGACAAGAAUGAGAUCAGAGUAUCUGCUCACAGAACAGGAGCAGAGGGGCUCAGGGGUCAAUGCAGAAAUGAUCAAGAAGAGAGAAAGACCCCACCAGAGACCCCGAGACCCAAAACACAUCCUCCUCAGCAGAGGACGAUGGAGAGACACGAGGAUAAGAGAGAACAUCCUCACUGGAAAAGAGAACAGAGAACCCAACAAGGCUUUUCUGAGAGACGUUCUUCUGGACAGAGGGACAACAGAAAGAACUGGGGUGACGAACGCAGGCAGGUGUUCCACCCCAGACGAGUGCAGGAACAGACGGAGAGAAGAUCUGACCGAAAUGACAGCCGAGUAUCUGCACAAAGAGGAGGAGCAGAGGGGCUCAGGGGUCAAUGCAGAAAUGAUCUAGAAGAGAAAAAGACCCCACCAGAGACCCUGAGACCCAAAACUCUUCCUUAUCAGCAAAGGAAGACAGAGGAACAUGGAGAGCCGAGAGAACAUCCUCACUGGAAAAGAGGACAGAGAACCCAACACGUCGUUGUUCCAAGAGGUUCUUCUGGACAGAAGGACAACAGAAGGAACUGGGAUGAUGAACGCAGGCAGGUGUUCCGUCCCAGACGAGAUCAGGAACAGACAGAUAGAAGAUCUACUGCAGUGACCGACUCCUUCACAGCAUUGCGGACAGGAGAGAGAGAGAGAAGAACCAGAGAAGAUCCUAGAGUGGAGUCCACUCCUCCACGGACAGAGAGGAACGGAGGAAGAGAGAGACGUGGAGGAGAACGGAGAGUGAGGAGACCCCAUUGGUGGCAGCAUGACGAUCGAUAGAGAGAACCUGAGGGAGACAGAGAGAACCUGAGAGAGAGACAGAAACCCUGAGAGAGAGA